CGCUCGCCCUCCAUCCCUGCUCCUGCACCGGUCUGCAUCUCCCAGCAGAAGGCGCAGCCAUGAAUCCGUUAUUCGGCCCCAACCUCUUCCUCCUACAGCAGGAGCAGCAGGGCCUGGCCGGGCCGCUGGGGGACUCAUUGGGAGGCGACCACUUCGCCGGGGGAGGAGACUUGCCCCCGGCGCCUCUGUCGCCAGCCGGCCCUGCUGCCUACUCGCCGCCCGGGCCGGGCCCGGCCCCGCCUGCCGCCAUGGCCCUCCGCAAUGACCUGGGCUCCAACAUCAACGUGCUCAAGACCCUGAACCUCCGGUUCCGCUGCUUCCUGGCCAAGGUGCAUGAGCUGGAGCGCCGGAACCGGCUGUUGGAGAAGCAGCUGCAGCAAGCGCUGGAGGAGGGUAAGCAGGGCCGGCGGGGCCUCGGUCGUCGCGACCAGGCAGUGCAGACCGGCUUCGUCAGCCCCAUUCGGCCCCUGGGGCUGCAGCUGGGCGCCCGGCCGGCCGCUGUCUGCAGCCCUUCGGCGCGGGUGCUGGGCUCGCCCGCGCGCUCCCCGGCCGGCCCCCUCGCGCCCUCCGCGGCCAGCCUCUCGUCGUCCUCCACCUCCACCUCCACCGCCUAUUCCUCGUCGGCCCGCUUCAUGCCCGGCACCAUCUGGUCGUUCUCGCACGCCCGCCGGCUCGGGCCGGGACUGGAGCCCACUCUGGUGCAAGGGCCUGGCUUGUCGUGGGUGCACCCGGACGGGGUGGGCGUCCAGAUCGACACCAUCACGCCCGAGAUCCGCGCUCUCUACAACGUGCUGGCCAAAGUGAAGCGGGAGCGGGACGAGUACAAGCGGAGGUGGGAAGAGGAGUACACGGUGCGGAUCCAGCUGCAAGACCGUGUAAAUGAGCUCCAGGAGGAAGCCCAGGAAGCUGAUGCCUGCCAGGAGGAGCUGGCACUGAAGGUGGAACAGUUGAAGGCUGAGCUGGUGGUCUUCAAGGGGCUCAUGAGUAACAACCUGUCGGAGCUGGACACCAAGAUCCAGGAGAAAGCCAUGAAGGUGGAUAUGGACAUCUGCCGCCGCAUCGACAUCACCGCCAAGCUCUGCGAUGUGGCUCAGCAGCGCAACUGUGAGGACAUGAUCCAGAUGUUCCAGGUCCCAUCCAUGGGGGGGCGGAAGCGGGAGCGCAAGGCUGCCGUCGAGGAGGACACCUCCCUGUCGGAGAGUGAGGGGCCCCGCCAGCCCGAUGGGGAUGAGGAGGAGAGCACAGCCCUCAGCAUCAACGAGGAGAUGCAGCGCAUGCUCAACCAGCUGAGGGAGUAUGAUUUUGAGGACGACUGUGACAGCCUGACUUGGGAGGAGACUGAGGAGACCCUGCUGCUUUGGGAGGAUUUCUCAGGCUAUGCCAUGGCAGCUGCAGAGGCCCAGGGAGAGGUAACCUCUGCUCCCGGCCUCAGGGCCCUCUGGCUCUGCCUCUCCAGCCUGACGCCCACUCCCCCGUUCCUCUCCUCGCUCUGUCCCCCCAUGUGGCUGUCAUCCUCUACCUGCGUCUCCCCUCUUCCUUUAUCCUUUUGCUUUUCUUUCUCCAGUUUCUUUAACCGGACUUCCUCUCUCUCUCUCUCCCUGACUUGGCCCUUUGGAAUGCGUCCCAUCCCAUCCCUCCUUGGCUGGCCUCCCCCGCUUCCCUUUCUACUCCAGCAGCAGGAAGAUAGCCUGGAGAAGGUGAUUAAAGAUACGGAGUCCCUGUUCAAAACCCGGGAGAAGGAGUAUCAGGAGACUAUUGACCAGAUAGAGCUGGAGCUGGCCACGGCCAAGAACGACAUGAACCGGCACCUGCACGAGUACAUGGAGAUGUGCAGCAUGAAGCGUGGCCUGGACGUGCAGAUGGAGACCUGCCGCCGGCUCAUUACCCAGUCUGGAGACCGAAAGUCUCCUGCUUUCGCUGCGGUCCCGCUUAGCGACCCGCCGCCACCGCCAAGCGAGGCUGAGGACUCCGAUCGCGAUGUCUCAUCUGAUAGCUCCAUGAGAUAGAGACCUUCCUCCCCCUUGCACCCGAGGCCCUCACAGCUGGGAACUCAGCGAGGCAGAGGGUGGGGCUGCACAGAGGGGAACAUCAGCUGUAGCUCUGCACCAGGCCGGCCCCUGGGGACUGGGGCGCUCCUCCCUCGGGCUUUCUCCCUCGGUCUUGGCUUCUCCAGGGCUCUGGGGUGUCUGGAGCUAGGCUUGGCCCUACCAUUCUGGGGCCAUUUCCACCACAGUUGGGGCUGUCCUGCCUUCACGCGUGGGUGUCUGCUACUUCCCCAUCUUUAAAAUGCUGCCAGAGCGAUUGCGGCCCCUCACCUUGUCCACGUAUCAGGAAUGUGAAUAUGGGACCUUUCCUCCAUCCCUGUUGUCCGGAGCCAGCUCACUGUCUUCCACACUGGUGCUAACUGGCCCAGGCACUGGAGUGGAAUAGAAUGCAGCUGGAGGCUACGCAUGGCCUCUGCAGCACACGCAGUUGGAAAGGGCUUCUGUCCCUGUCAGCGGCGGAGGGCGUUGGGGCUGGCCGGGGCACCUCGUCCCUGCUAUGGUCCACAUGCUCAUGCUGUCCACCUGCCAGGUGGAGCAUAUGUGGCUGUGGCCCUCCCUCGUGGAGGUGCCGUGCUUUCAAGAGGCCUUAGUGCCCCGGAUGGGCACAGUGUUUUGAAGGGAGGAGGGAGCUCUUGCUCUCCUGGUCACUGCAAAAUGACAGAGAAGGUGAAGCUCCGUGCAUGUGCGCGCGGGUCUAUGUGCGCUCAGGGUCUCUGUUUAAGUAUCAGCUAAAGGUGUGCCUCCUCCGUGUCUGUCAUACACUGAGACCAACAGGCUACAGUGUCCCUGAUUCUUGGAAACGCCUGGAGAAGCUGGGGAGAUGCGAUUCACGAUGCCUCGGUAUAGGGGGCUGUGUUGAGCUGACAUUCAAAUGGAUUCUUUAAUAAUAAUGAAACUAGCGAGUAUUUAUUGUGAA